AUGGGCAUUCUCGACAAGAAGCCCGUGGCUCAGGCCGUCGACCUCCAUCAGCUACAGGAGGAUGCUCCUCAGUUUGAGAGGGUUAACUGGAAGAAGGACCCUGGUCUUCGCAAGCUCUACCUCUACGCCUUCAUUCUCUGCAUUGCUUCGGCCACCACCGGUUACGAUGGCAUGUUCUUCAACUCCGUGCAGAACUUCGAGACGUGGAAGAAGUACUUUGGUGACCCGCAAGGAUCCAAGCUUGGUCUUCUCGGUGCUCUCUACCAGAUUGGUUCCAUUGGCUCCAUCCCCUUCGUCCCCCUCCUUACCGACAACUUCGGCCGCAAGCUCCCCAUCAUCAUUGGCUGCGUUAUCAUGAUCGUCGGUGCCGUUCUCCAGGCCACCGCCAAGAACCUCGAUACCUUUAUGGGUGGCCGUACCAUGCUCGGCUUUGGCAACUCCCUCGCCCAGAUCGCCUCCCCCAUGCUUCUCACUGAGCUCGCUCAUCCUCAGCACCGCGCUCGUCUCACCACCAUCUACAACUGCUUGUGGAACGUCGGUGCCCUCGUUGUCUCCUGGUUGGCCUUCGGCACCAACUACAUCCACAACGACUGGUCGUGGCGCAUUCCCGCCCUGCUCCAGGCUUUCCCCUCCGUCAUCCAGCUCCUCGGUAUCUGGUGGGUUCCCGAGUCUCCCCGUUUUCUGAUCGCCAAGGACAAGCACGACGAGGCCCUCCACAUCCUCGCCAAGUACCACGCCAACGGCGACGCCAACCACCCCACCGUCCAGUUUGAGUUCCGCGAGAUCAAGGAGACCAUCCGCCUCGAGAUGGAGUCGACCAAGAACAGCAGCUACCUCGACUUCUUCAAGACCCGCGGCAACCGUUACCGCCUCGCCAUUCUCCUGUCGCUCGGCUUCUUCUCCCAGUGGUCCGGCAACGCCAUUAUCUCCAACUACUCCUCCAAGCUGUACGAGACCGCCGGCGUCACCGACUCCACCGCCAAGCUCGGUCUCUCGGCCGGCCAGACCGGUCUCGCCCUCAUCGUUUCUACUUCUAUGGCUCUGCUCGUUGACAAGCUCGGCCGUCGGCCUGCUUUCCUCGCUUCCACCGCCGGUAUGUGCAGCACCUUCGUCCUCUGGACCUUGACUGCCGGUCUCUACGGAGAGCACCGCGCCAAGGGCGCCGACAAGGCCAUGAUCUUCUUCAUCUGGGUCUUCGGCAUCUUCUACUCGCUCGCCUGGUCCGGUCUGCUCGUCGGCUACGCGAUCGAGGUCCUCCCCUACAGACUCCGUGGCAAGGGCUUGAUGAUCAUGAACAUGUCGGUCCAGUGCGCGCUUACCCUCAACACCUACGCCAACCCUGUCGCCUUCGACUACUUUGGUCCUGAUCACUCUUGGAAGCUUUACCUCAUUUACACCUGCUGGAUCGCCGCCGAGUUCGUCUUCGUCUUCUUCAUGUACGUCGAGACCAAGGGCCCCACUCUCGAGGAGCUCGCCCAGGUCAUCGAUGGCGACGAGGCCGAUGUUGCCCACAUCGAUAUUCACCAGGUCGAGAAGGAGGUCGAGAUCCACGAGCACCACGAGAGCAAGUCUGCUUAA